CGGGUGGGGGUGUGGGUGUGGGUGUGGGGCUGGGUGGGUGUGGGUGAAGAGAAGACUGAAUCGACACCCACACUCCACACGCACAGCCACAUCCACACCUACACCCACACCCAUACCCACACCUACACCCACACCCACACCCACACCGACACCCCACAUCCACACCCACACCCACACCCACACCCACACCCACACACUACCCACACCCACACCCACACCCACACCCCACACCCACACCCACACCCACACCCAAAAUCCCCCUAGCGGGGUACAGGGUUUCUGAGAAUAACAUGUUACAGGAAGAGGCCUGGAGGGGGGUAGGGGAAUUUUUGAAAAAAAUGUUUUUUCUGAAAACUUUUUUAAAUGCAGAAACAGACUCUUUGAGAAAAAAUAAAUUUUUUCGAAAACGCCCAAAAUUUUGUUGAAAAAACAUUUUUUCGAAAAAAAAUUUCAGGUGUUUUCGAAAAAAAUGUUUUUUUCUCAAAAAAUCGGUAUCUGCGUUUAAAAAAGUUUUCGAAAAAAAUUUUUUCAAAAAUAUUAGUUGCGGACCACCACGGACACACAGGCAAUCUUUGAGUUCCCGACUUUUGGGAAUUUGGCCAGGCCUCAUGAUAGGUAAUGCUACUAGCAUCCCAGGUAAUGCUACUAGUAUCCCAGGUAAUGCUACUAGCCUCCCAGGUAAUGCUACUAGCAUCCCAGGUAAUGCUACUAGCUUCCCAAUUAAUGCUACUAGCAUCCCAGGGUGCCGAGGUCUUUGUGUUGACCCUGAACUUGAUGACCUGAAGCGAGGUCAAUGA